UUGUCCUUUUGUGCUUGAUACAAUAAAAAAUGGUUAUGUUAUUCCAUUUAUAGAUACACCUUUUAAAAUGUACCACAGAAAUAAUAGAUCAGCACGGCAGAAUACUGAAUUUGUCACAAAGUCAAUUGAAGAUUUAGUUCAAAUAGGUUGCGUAAUUAAAGUGCCUUUUCAACCAUAUGUGGUAAAUCCAUUGAGUGUUGCUACUCAAAAGUCCGAUAUUUUUUCAGUAGGACAUUGGUCAGACUUUAAUUCACAAGUUGCCUCUAAUAAUGAUCUCAGCAGUUUGUUCAAACAGUUACCAGAAUUCCUUCUUUCGUCCAAGGCUGCGAGUACUCAGAAGAAAUAUAGAUAUGCCUUCAAUUCAUGGUGUAAGUGGACUAGUCAAUAUUCUUUUUCACCAUUGCCAGCAUCUCAUUUACAUAUUUCUUUAUAUUUAAUUCAUUUGUCUGAAACUGCAAAAUCGGUUUCAAAAUUAAAUGAUGCUUUUUACGCCAUAAAAUGGGCACAUAAAUUAGCUGGCGUUGCUGAUCCCAGUGAAAAUAAUCUAGUUGCAUCUGUUCUUGAAGGGGCUCAUAGAAAAAUAGGUCAUUCAGUUGUCAAAAAAGAACCUAUCACACCGCAUAUUUUGAAAAAUAUUGUAUGUAAAUAUGCUAAUAAUACUUGUAAUUUAAAAGAUGUAAGAAUAGCAUGUAUGUGUUUAUUAGCCUAUGCUGGCUUUUUAAGAUUCUCCGAGUUAGCUAACUUGAGAAGGUCUGAUAUACAGUUUUCCCCUACUUACCUUACACUUCAUUUAGUCAAGAGUAAAACUGAUGUAUAUAGGGAAGGGAAAGAUGUUGUCAUUUCAAAAACAGGGAAUAUUACAUGCCCGGUAGAUGUACUUCAGCGUUAUCUAAAGUUAGCUAACAUUCCUGAAGAAUCGAAUGAUUUUAUUUUUAGAUCUAUUUGUUAUUGUAAAUCUUUGAAUAUAUACAAACUUAGAAAGAGUAGUCAUAUUUCUUACACCAGAGCCAGAGAGUUAUUGUUAUCUGCACUUGACAGUUUAGGUCUUGAUAAAAAACAGUUUGGCUUACAUAGUUUGAGGUCAGGAGGAGCUACUGCCGCGGCAGAAGCUGGAAUAGAUGACCGGUUGUUUAAGAAACACGGGAGAUGGAAAAGUGAUAAAGCCAAAGAUGGUUAUGUUAAAGAGAGUAUACUCAACAGAUUGUCAGUAUCUAAGAAUUUAGGAUUGUAAUUUAUAUUGUUUGUCCCCCCUUUUUCUUUAUGUCCCUUUCUUUAUCAAUCGAAGCUUUCUGUGCUGUCGGGGCGAGCUGAUAACCAAAAACUGUGUUGAGUUUUUACUUUGUAAAUGCUUUAUGUUCGUUUGAAGUAUUGAAUAAGAACAUAAAUGUAUUUAUAAAGGUUACUCGGGAACACGUGUAUUUGUUUACUUUUAACACGUGUGUUUAAAUCAAAACAUGUUUAUGUUUAAUUUGAUUGGACCAUCAGUAAGUUAUUACCGGUUUAAGUUAUAUCAAUCAUGAUAACUUCAUGCUAGAAUUUUA